CGUCGGCAGGAACACGUGGGUUUGUUAUUGCAGGAAGUGAAGAUGGCGGCCCAGUCGCUGCUCUCCGAGUCUGCGCUCGGAUGGUCUAUUUUCACCUUUAUACUCCUGAUGAUCCUGGCUUUCUGUUGGGUCUACAUCCGCAAAUUCCAAAGUCGUCAGGAAAGUGAAGUUGUUUCAACCAUCACAGCAAUAUGUGCACUGGCCAUUGCCUUGAUAACGUCUGCACUUCUACCCGUGGAUAUAUUCCUUGUUUCGUUCAUGAAGUAUCCCAAUGGUACCUACAAGGAUUGGGCAGCAAACAAUGAGACAAGAGGGCAAAUUGAAGACACUGUGCUAUAUGGAUACUACACACUUUACUCCAUCAUCCUGUUCUGUGUCUUCCUGUGGAUCCCCUUUGUUUACUUCUACUAUGAAGAAAGAGAUGACGAAAAUGUGAACAAAUGCUCGCAAGUGAAAAACGCUCUGAAGUACACAGUUGGAUUCGCCAUUGUCUGUGUGGUUCUUCUUUUAAUUGGAGCCUUUGUUCCACUAGAAGCCCCACCUGGCCAGAAUUCCACUCAGUGGGAGAAAGUACAGUACCUUUUUGAAGAGCUUGGGAGUAGUCAUGGUCUACCAGCUCUGUCUUUCUCCAUCAGCACCUUGACCUUGAUUGGCAUGUUGGCAGUCAUCACUUACACGGCGUACGGUAUGUCUGUGCUGCCUUUGAAUCUGAUAAAAGGCACCCGGAGUGUGGUGUAUGAACGCCUGGAGAACACAGAGGACAUUGACGAUGUUGAGCAUCAGAUAGAGAAGCUGAAAUCCAAGUGUGCAGAUGGACGUCCCCUUUCCUCAAGGGACAGACAGAACCUGCAGGAGCUGGAGGGCAAGCUGCAGGUUCUCCAGCGCAGGGGGAGACACCUGGAAAUUGCAGAGAGGAACUGCUGCACUAAAGUGGGCAGUGCUCUCAGACCUUUCAAGAUAAUGUUGGGCAUUUUCUUUAUCCUGGUCGCACUGCUGUUCACCAUUGCCCUAUUCAUUUCAAAUUUGGAUAAAGCUCUCCACUCUGCUGGCAUGAGCUCAGGGUUCAUCAUCUUUGGCACCAACCUAACCAAUCCUCUGAAUGAACUUCUACUCGCCCUACAACCCGUUUUCCCGCUGGAUUACAUCCUGAUCACCGUCAUCACCAUGUACUUUGUUCUCACAUCCAUGGCUGGCAUUCGCAACAUGGGCAUCUGGUUCUUCUGGAUAAGGCUCUACAAAAUAAGACCAAAGAAAACCCGUCCUCAGGCUCUCCUCUUCCUCUGCAUGAUUCUCCUCUUGAUCGUCCUUCACACCAGCUACAUGAUCUACAGCUUAGCCCCGCAAUACGUCAUGUACGGCAGCCAGAAAUAUCUUGUGCAGAUGCCCUCAGCAGGUCCUACAUCUGGGAACUCUACUAUUGGCACCACAAGGAUCUGUGAUGCCGAUGCGCCUGAGGAUCAGUGCACAGUGACAAGAUCCUAUCUUUUCCUCCACAAGUUCUGGUUCUUCAGCACCAUCUACUACUUUGGUAACUGGGCCUUUAUCGGGGCAUUCCUCAUCGGUAUGGUGGUGUCCUGCUGCAGAGGGAAGAAGUCCGUGAUUGAAGGAGAGGUGGAGGCCGACGACUCAGACAUAAGUGACGAUGAAUAUGUGCACUGAAAACAAGAGUAUUCACUUGAUCUGAUUUAAAGAUAUGAUCACCUCAACUUAAAGGGACGCGAAGGUACAUCAACAAAUACAAACAAAUGAGCGUAACUAAGUAUUUUGGUCUUAAGGAGUUGUUGCAGUGGUGUUUUUGUGUAUUCCAGCCUCGUUUUGAGUCGACGCGUCACUCCCCCUUAAUGAGAGCGCGCAGACUGAUUGUUGCGUCUUUCUCAGUCGAUAUUAUUGAUGACUCUGGGAUUCAGGGAGGGUCCUCCAACUCAAUCCUACCUUGAGAAUUCACUUCUGAACAGCUUGAAGCUGACACAAAUUGGUCAUUUUUCUACUGGUAGAGACACAUUAUUACGGCAGCGGAGACACAGUCAUGGGCUGCUUCCAAACGUCUGAGCUUUAUUUGGAGACAGAGCUUAGCCUUCGAAUGAAACCAGUUUUUCUUCUUUCUCUAAGCACUUUCUGGACACUUUGAAUGAUUACUUUAUGAAAAUAUCUCUGCUUAGCUCCAGUUUACCUUUAAGAUAAAACACUGAAAACAAUUGUGUCUACAUGGACUGCUGUGCUCGCUUCUUUUCUCAAAACCUAAUUGGUAUAACAAAUAACGAUAAGCGUUGACAGCAGUAACAUUGACAGACUUUAUUUUGCUUGUUCUUAUCUGAGGAUGAAUAUAUUUCUGGUGGAUUUGCUGCUUUUUUCCGCCGGCCUUUAGUUUGUUUGCAGUUUCAAACCUUAUUUAUUCAGAUGUUACUGUACUUGCAUAACUGCACUCUGUAUGACGUGUAAAGGACCAAUUGUUGCUGUUGUGUUUUCAAGGUUUCAGUUUUUUGGGGGUUUUAAAUCAAAUUGGUUCGACAGCUUUUUGCUGUCUGUGUUAAAAGACGAGUAAAAUAAGAAAAAAAAGAUAUGGCUGUAAUUUUCUUUUAAUUAAGGAUAUUUCUUGUUUUUUUUGGCUCAGCGCUCUAGAGUUUAUCAGCAGCUUGUGACAUAGAACUGUUAAUGGCUUUUAUCUAGUACACGUAUAUAUAACUUUAUCCCGGUAUAUUUAACAGUCUGUGUCAAAAUCAAUAUGUUAAAUAUCAAUUUACAAACUCACAGAAAAUAUCAAUGUGAAUGAUUUUUGUUUUAUUUUGGUAGGAAAACAUUAGUGCCUCAUGAAUGUACAGUACCAUGAUGGGCACACUCUUCAGUGCACGUUACCCUAAAUUAAAGCUGAGUCUCAGUGAGUUUUUCUUCUUUUCUUUUUUUCUGAUUUGCGAUAUUAGUCUUGAGUUUCCUUUUUGAAGAAGCGCUUUGAUUGAGCCAUCAGCUGGAAAUGUGAUGAGGUGACGCUCCCAGAAGCUGCAUCACGAGCUGUCACCUCCUGCGACUGGCUGAAACAUUUGCUGUUUGUGAAACUUGUGUCAAUACUGAAUGAAAACCUGUAUUUAAAGAAAUAAAACAAUUUUAAGCCCGUUA